AUGGUUGCCACGACGCGCACCGCAGGGCAGCCCUCGCCCAAGAAACUCAGGUUCCGCGACAAGCUGGUCGGCAAGGGCCUUUCCACCGAUACCCUCCUCAAGAAACUUAAGCAGCUUCAUCAGGAGCUCGCAGAAAUGGACCAGGAGCACGUCGAUGUUAACUCCCUCGCCCCUGUCCGCAAGGAUCUUGUUAGUACCUCCAUCCUCCUCCACAAGGACCGCGGCGUCAAGGCCUACGCCGCAUGUUGUCUCGCCGACCUUCUCAGGCUCUACGCUCCCGACGCGCCCUACACUCAGAACGAGCUUCGCGACAUCUUUCAGUUCUUUUUUAGGCAGCUCUCUGCUGGUCUCAAGGGCGCGGACUCUGCUUACUACAACGAAUACUUCCACCUACUCGAAUCUCUCUCCACCGUCAAAAGCGUGGUUCUUGUCUGCGACCUCCCUCAUGGCGACGAGCUCAUGGUCGACAUCUUCCGGGACUUUUUUGGUCUUGUGCGGCGCGACCUCGCAAAGAAGAUUGAGCUCUUCAUGGCUGAUAUCCUGAUUGCGCUCAUUGACGAAUGCUCGAGUUUGCCCUCGGAAGUGCUCGAAGUAAUCAUGGCCCAAUUCACAGACAAGAACGCGAGGAUGGACCAACCCUCCUAUCGCCUUGCAGUCCAAGUCUGUAACGCAACCGCCGAUAAACUCCAGCGGAAUGUCUGUCAGUAUUUCACAGACAUCAUCGUCGACCGCGCGCGUGAAGAAGAGUUUGACGAGGUUCAGACCGCGCACGACCUCAUCCAGCAGCUCAACCGGGCGUGCCCCUCCCUCCUCCACAAUGUCGUCCCCCAGCUCGAAGAAGAGCUCCGCGUCGAGCAACUUCAACUACGGCUGAUGGCGACGCAGACACUUGGCGAGAUGUUCGCGGACAAGCACGGGCAGGACCUCGUGCACAAGUAUCCCAGCACGUGGGCGCACUGGCUGAAGAGGAUGAACGACAAGAACAUCGCCGUGCGCCAGGCGUGGGUCGAGAAGAUGAAGGGCGUGCUGGUGAACCUACCGGACAUGCGCAAGGAGACGGAGGAGGCGCUCCGGUUGAAGCUGCUCGACCCGGACGAGAAGAUUCGCGCGGCGGUGUGCAAGCUGUUUGGGCAGCUGGACUACGAGACGGCGCUACACCACGUUUCGGUGGACCAGCUCAAGGCGGUUUCUGGUCGGGGACUGGAUAAGAAGCAAAGCGUCCGAGUGGAAGCUUUCAACGCCAUUGGUCGUUUGUACAGUCUCGCGUACCCUGAGAUCGAAAACAACGAUCCCGCGGCAAUACAGCAUUUCUCCUGGGUCCCCAGCAGCAUUCUGCAUAGUGCCUCGAUAAACCGCGAUGUAAAGGCUCUCGUUGAGCAGACACUGGCGGACUACAUACUUCCCCUCCCCACUCUUCCUGCCUCGUCCGCCUCCAAAGGGACCGAGACUGACGAGGUAGCGUGGACAGAUCGUUUGCUGCUGACGAUGCGCUAUCUCGACGAGGCUGCCUUUGGGAUUCUGUCUGGCCUCACGAAUCUCAAGGUGGUCCGACCCACGAUAUACGAGAAAUUCGUGACUGCGUGCAUUGAGUACAAUGGCGGCGUCAUUGAUGAGAAUGAGGACGCUGUGACGGAAAAGCUCAACGUCGCGAUCAAGGCUACUCUUCCACAAUUUCCCGAGCCCGGCAAGGCAGCAGAAGACCUGCAAGCGUUUGCGAAGCUCAACGAGGGCCGUCUAUAUAAGUUGCUUAAGACAUGUAUGGACGUCCAGACCGACCUGAAAGGUCUUAUUAAGGCAAGGAACGAGUUCCUCCGCCGAGUCGAGCAAUCCUCCUCCAACCUCCUCGGGACAAUGACGAUUUUCCUUCGUCGUGCCACCCUACACAUCAUCAACCAGUCAUCAAUUCCCACCCUUAUCAAGCGUGUCCAGAAAGGCUCCGAGCCACCCUCCUCCGUUGCAUACUCCCAAACGCAGUCGCAAAACAUCCAGACGUUCUCCAUGUACGCCGCAGGCGGAAGCGAGCCCGAGGGACGCACACAACAGGCAGCGCACGCGGCGCAGGUGUGGAUGACUUUCGUGUCCAAGCACUGUCCUGCGCUAUACAAGGCGCACAUCGGCGAAAUCUCGAAAGCGAUCGCGGACGAGAGGAACACGAGGCUAGUCGAGGUGUGUUUGCAUGCUCUCGCGGCGACGGCGAUGUGGGACCCGAAGAGUGCGCCCAGCGAUAAGCGUACGGUCGAACGAGUCUUGCGGUUUGUAUUGGAAGCGAACCCGCGGCAUGCAAAGUUCGCGGCAAGGCUAGUCGCAUGCAUGAGCGAUUCGGAGAAGCUGUGCACACAGGUCGUGGAGUCGAUAGCGGACAGUCUCGAGGAGGUCGAGCCAGACAAGCUCGUCGCGCACAUUGCGGUGCUUGCUCAGUUGUCCCUCCGUGCACCCGAUGCAUUUGAGCAGAAGAGCGAUGUUAUCAUGGCGUACCUUGUCAAACAGGUUCUCAGGUCGGCGCCGGAUGUAGAUGAGGACAUGAUGGAGACCGAUGAAGACUGGCUAGACGACGAGCGGAUGCCUAUUGACCUCCGUGCGAAGAUCCUUGCGCUGAAGGUCUGCCGUAAUCGCUGUAUAGCGCACGCGGGAUCGGAGACCGCACUCGACAUCGCCCACCCCGUCAUACGGAUGUUCUCAACCGUGCUCCAGUAUGAGGGUUCGUUCUCCGCAGAUGCGAAUGACCUCCUGUUCAUGCGAUCGCGACUACGAUUGCAGUCGGCCACGUCGCUGCUGCGCUUGUCUGCCAUACCGAGUUAUGCGCAGGAAGUGUCGAAAUACUUCGUGCAGAUAGCCCUCACUAUCCAGGAUUCCGUAUACCAAGUCCGCAUGACGUUCCUCGACAAGCUCGUCGCAUUGCUGUCCAAAGGAAAGAUCCCCAUUCAGUACAAUAUGGUUCCCUUCCUUGCCGUCCACGACCCUGAGGCGGAUGUGAAGAGCAAGGCGCAGGCGUAUGUUGUGUACGCCCUGCGUGCCAUGCCCAAGCCGGUACGACUGGAGCGCUUCGAACAUUCCUUCAUUCGGCUGCUGCACCUGCUGGCACACCAUCCCGACUUUAGGAUAGAGCAGGAGUACUUCCCGGAUAUUGCGAAAUACAUUCAGUUCUUCCUCGACCUUGUGGCGAACAGCGACAAUAUCGCGUUGCUAUAUCACAUCGCGCUGAAGGCGAAGACGGUGCGCGAUGCGGAGUCUCAUUCGUACAGUGAGAAACUGUACCAGUGCGCCGAGUUGGCUCAGCACGUCAUCAAGGCCCACGCCAAGGCACAUUCUUGGAACCUCGAGACGUGGCCAGGAAAGGUCCGGUUGCCACCUGACAUCUUGAGACCGCUGCCCAGCUCCGAAGCCGUCAACGAGAUCCUGAAGAGAGUGUAUCUACCAGAGGAAGCUCUGACAUGGCUGGACGAGAAGCAGUCAAAGCACACUACAGAGGCAAAGGAGAAGAAAGCUCGCGCUGCCCGCGCUCCAGCGGCGGCCAAGCGCAAAGCCGCAGCGCCCAAGGCCAACGGGUCUGCCAAGCGGGCGCGGACAGCAAAGAAGCGGAGAGCAGACGAGUCGGACGAUGACGAUGACGAACCGUCUGCCUCAGAUGACGAUGAUGAUGCUGGCGAGAAGCCUCCAACAUCCCCCGAGAAGGACGUGGAUGAGUCCGAUGAAGAGUCGCAAGAGGAGGCUGAGGAAGAAAAGAAAGGGCGUCCAACGAGGACGAGGGCGCAAGCAAAGAAGCAAGCUGCACGAGCCGCAAAACGUCAAGCCAAGUCAGCGGCAGCCGAUGGCUGAUCAGCGUUUCGAUAUUCCCUCCUUGUAUCUUCCGUGGUCAUAUUCUGUCGCGUCCUUUUUAUCUACGUUAUGUGCCGCUCAUCUCACGACAUAUGCUGUAUCGUUGCUAUCUUAACCUUGCUUGCUGUGAUGCUGCAUUGCUCUAGUAUCUUUUCGGGACUGACUGACGUGCGAGUUGUUCUUACAUGUAUUCCUACCCAGUAAUGACCUCUUCC